CUUCGAAGUUUUUGGAAGUACUACAAAAAUAAACUACUAUCUGAUGCUGAAACAUGCAAUGUAGGUGUGAGCCUGCAAUGGUAUUAACAAAGGAUGAACCUGAACACAUUCUGUAGGAAAAAGACAACAAAAAGAGAGAGAAGGCCUGACUGAAAAAAUUGUAGUUGUCAAGACGACAUAUCAGAGUAACGUAACAGUGGGGGCGUGGCUCCACGGAGCCCAGGAUGGGCCAAGCUACUUCAUUCAGCGAAGAAGAUUGUAGAAAAGAGGUGAGUGGCGAGAGAUCGUUCUUACCUAUUGAAGUGAGAUCUAGGCGAAUGCGAAUCCGAAGAGCUGCCCACGAUGAUCACAAAAAUGAACGCCGUUUUCGUCUUCUAAAAUUACCGAAACGGCCCGGCAGCGCUGAGGUCUCCCACAAGAAGCCUUCAGGGUGCCUGCAGCAAGCUUUUAAGCGUACGACAUUGCUGGCUGCGGCUCCUGUUGUGCUUUUGUCUGAAGACCAUCUGGAGAAGAAACCGCACCUACAAGAUGAGUCUUUGGGUCAGACCAGUGGCGUGGACGUCCCAGAAAAUUGUACGACGUGUCCUCCGACUGCCCCCACUGAGAAGUCCAGUGGGUCAUUGGGGUUAAACCUACCAUCAGAUCGGACAGCUGAAGACCCCCAGAAACUAUCUAGCAACUCCGAGGAAGAUCAUGUCUCUGCUUUGGCGGCGAUGACUUUGGACAGCCUUGCUGGGUCUGCCACAGGACAGCGGGAGCCUGACGGGAACGAAACGCUGUGUACGAACAUGGAUUUAAGUUUAGCAACAGUUGGUCUAUCGAAGGAUGGACUUAGACAGGAUACCAGCACUUUAUGCGUACAGGUACAACAGAAAGAGGGCAAGGAACUGCGAGGCGCUAGUCGUGAUGUUUCUGAGGGCCAGCAAUUUUCGGUACCCAUUCCCCGCCUCAUCGUGACACGGGAACCAAGUCCAUGUCGUGGCAGUGAGACUGGAGAGCAGUCAAAUGAGUUGUGGACCAAAUCUCGAGGGGGGGACGAAGAGUCGCCGUGCUCUGACAGUGGAUGUGGGGGGUCCCCGUCUCCAUCCUUAGUGCUGCGCAAACUGUCAAGCUCGUCUUCAGCAGGUCUCUCCUCUGCAUCAUCAUUUGAAGAAUCGGAGGAUGAUUUCACAGGUAGCGACGCGGAACCCUAUGGGCAAAGUGGAAACAUGUUGGGGAGUCCACCUGUAGAUGAUGGUUCUGGGAACAAAUCGUGGAAAAAGCUAAAAACAAUGGUGCACUGGUCUCCAUUUGUUGUGUCCUUCAAGAAGCGUUACCCUUGGGUCCAGCUGACAGGACAUGCAGGAAACUUUAAGGCAGGAGAUUAUGGCAAAAUUCUGAAGAAGUUCUGUGAAUGUGAGAGGCAAUGUCUAGAACUGUUGAUGAAGGACAGUCUGUGCUCAUAUGUGCCAGCCUAUUAUGGAGUUGUGGAACGGGAGGGUGAGCCCUAUAAUCAAAUGGAGGAUCUGCUUGCGGAGUUCGACUCUCCCUCUAUUAUGGACUGUAAGAUGGGAAUAAGGACGUACUUAGAAGAGGAACUGGUAAAAGCCAGGGAGAAGCCAAAGCUGAGGAAGGACAUGUACGAAAAGAUGAUAGCGGUAGAUCCUGGUGCACCCACAGAGGAAGAGCAUACGCAGAAAGCAGUACUGAAGCCACGCUACAUGCAGUGGAGGGAAACACUGAGUUCUACAGCAACAAUGGGUUUUAGAAUAGAGGGGAUAAAGAAAGCGGAUGGUACCUGCAAUACAAAUUUUAAGAAAACAAAGCAGAAAGAACAAGUAAUGCAAGCUCUAGAAGACUUUGUAGAUGGGAACAGCAAUGUCUUGAAAAAUUACUUAUCAAGACUAAAAGAUCUACGGACCGCAUUAGAAAAGUCAGACUUCUUCAAGGCACAUGAGGUUAUCGGAAACUCACUACUCUUUGUUCAUGACAAAACAGAACAGGCAAAGGUCUGGAUGAUAGACUUUGGAAAGACAGUCAAGCUGCAUGAUGAACAGACUCUAAACCACAGGAUCCCUUGGGUGGAGGGCAACCGAGAAGAUGGCUAUUUGUGGGGGCUUGAUAAUCUUAUUGAUAUCAUCUCAGACAUGGUGAAGGAAUGACAGUUGCCAUGCUGUUUUGGAAGCAUGCCUUUGAAGUAACAUUUUGUCCUGCAGCUCCAGUUACACAUUGUUUACCAUUUGUAUGACUUAAUAGUGGAGCUGGUGUGACCUGAACAAGGAACCCUGGAUCUUGCUUUCUUCUGUGCCUGGAGAAUAUUAAGCAUUCCAAAAAGCAAGUUUGUUUUCUUUAAUUUCAGGAGGCUGCAACUAAUCAAAUGUAUCACAAAGUGUAUUUUAUCAGACAUUUUACAAUGUCUAUCAUCUUCCUAAACUUUAUGAAGAAUGUUAUGGGCUACUUCAAAGCCAUCUCUUCAGCAGAAGACUAGAGCACCAUAUAAUGUAAAAAUACCUGACCAUCAAUCACAUGUGGCCUUAAAUGGACGUGAGUGACUGGGACACCAGUCCUUAUUUUUGUAUAAUGUAUAAGAUAACACUGGAAAACUGUACAGAUAUUUUUGUUAAGUUAUACAUGACUGUGCCUUCUCAAGUCCUUUAUACUAUGCUUGGUCUGCUCUGCACAGAAGUGAAUCAGAGAGAUUGCUGUGAAUGUUCUAGAAAAGGGCAUGGCCUACUGUUGUUUGGUUGUUUCCUGUUUUAAUUGAAGGCCACAGGCAAAUCAACAGUAGUUAACUUGUUCUUUCUGCCACACGGUGGUUUAAAUCUACAAGCUUUCAUACAUUUAGGGGAAAGCUAAAGGCAUUUCACAAUACAUAUGUAGAUUAUAAUGUAAGAUAGUAAUGCUUUACAGAAUGUUGGUGUUAUAAGGGGGUCUUCCCUCAAGAGCUUAUUUUAUUCUUUUAACCAGAUUUUAAGCUUUUAUUACCCAUAGUGCUUUACAUAAGAAAACAUGGAAGUAUGUGGAAAUUGAAAGAUGUUCUUCCUUUUGCACGUAGUCCUUGUAAAGGUAUAUUACAUAAUCAGCAACUCUCAGUUUUUAAUUAAUGGUGCAUUACAUUGAGUUAUCAAUUAUCAACGUUUUGUUUUAAAAAUUCUCCCCUGAUUUAAGUGCAGGACAUCUUUAUGGUUUCCACAGUAUUUGAUCAUAACUGGGUGACAGAAGAGGGAAAUUCAUAUUUUCCUCAUAAGGUGAUGAUUUGCAGUUACAAUAUAGAAGUAUGUAAGGUGAGCUACAUGGGGUGUCAGGUGUGGGGGCAGGGCUUUACCCUUCAGAAAAAGAUUUUGUUUUCCACAACAGCUAAAAGUGUUUUGUUGAAUGGUUUACCUUAAAGCAGCAGUCAGUGUUUGUUUUGUUAAAUGGUGUCAGAUCAAAUUGCAGUGCUUGAUUAUUUUAGCAGAAUUGUUACAAUGUUCAUUUUUUAACAAACUAGGCACACUACUUUUUUGCCAUAGUCCUUACUUGCAAAGGUUUUUUUUUUCUUCCCUUAAAUCCCUUCCAUUGGAGGUACAACUAACAAAAAGAAGUCACAGCAAAAUGACGUUUGGAUCCUCUGCUCUGGUUAAACUGCACUUGAACAUAUUAAGCAAAGCAACAUAAAACUGGUCCUCAUUUGGUAUCACAGAAGACAGAACUGUUUUGUCACUUAGUCUUCAUAUUUAGACUAAUUUGGUAGCCUGCCUUGAAAUGUGUGUGAUACUUUUAUAGGGACCAGACUAAUUGAAAGAUAAAUGUGGGCUGUUUGCUAGGUAAUGUACUGGUUUCAGCAGUUGUAAUUUUUCUACAGGUAAAACUAUAAUUUAAAUCUUUUCUUGAAACUUGAGAAUGGGAAAUUUUAAAUCGUACUAUAUUUUUAUAUCCAUUCCACUGGCAACAAAUAGCACUUAAAAGUGUUUAUCAGAUAAAAAGAACAGAGAGGCAGAAUUGCAGUCUAGUCUUAAAAAUAUAAACUUGAUACACAAACAUGAUUGGAAAAAAUGCAUUUUGACAGUACUGUAUUAUUUGAACAAAAUAAGGUGACAAAAGUGCCUGUAAUCAAAGGGCUUCCAGAAUAACUUGUUAAAAGAGCAAACACAUUCCUUUUGCGUAACUCGUAUGUUUUUCAUUUCUUCUGUUCACGUUAUGUUUCAUAAACAGUUUCAGGCUACCAAACUAUUUCAUCCAUAAUAAAUCACAAAGUUUUGUUUAACAAAGUAAUAUCUUUUAUCUCGAGCUUCAUUGCUGAUAUAGAGUUGUAGCUAGGGAAUUUUGCAUCAAAGCUAGAAGAAGCCAGACGUAAUUGCUUAUUUGCAAGGUUUCCUUGCUGUAGAAACGUAGUUGUAAGAGCAGAUAGCUACAGUUUCCUUUGUUCCUUUGCACAAUAAAAAAGACUGUAAGUUGUCAUUCUGAUUUAAAAGUUGUCAACCAUAAAUGAAAGCAGUUUUUAAAGGUUUACUGUUUCUGCCAUGAUGUAGUUUGAGACUAGUCUUUAAAGAAUUUGAUUUGGGCAGCACUGUUUAAAGCCUUUGUCCCCCAGUAGCUUAAUUUCUGUGCUCUCCUCUACCCCCCCUAAAGCCCCCAAACCCCUUUGUUUCUCUGAUGUAGAAUAUUUCACAGCUGAAAAUGUGUUGCGGUGGAUACUAACAGAAGUCUUUUGCCACUUCCCAGACUAGUGUUUCACAUUCGUGGCAUCCCCUGCAAAUCAGAAAAAUUUUUGUGGGUACCUGUACCCUGAUUAGGUGUGAUCUUUUGGAAACUACUUCAUGGUUACUGCUGGUAUAUCUUUUUGAAUACCAUUUUUUUCUGAUUCAUUUGCAAGUUGUGUAAACAGAAGGUAAAGAAUGUGUCACGUCAUGGAUACCAGAUGAUGCAGUGUAAGAACUUCUCUUUUCCCCUGCCCCAAUAAGUGGGGAAUAAAAUCUGAAAGUGUGAAAGGCCUGUAUCUGGUAAAGUGCCUGCUAAGCUCUUUAUAAGCUUUCCCUAUGUGUUUUUGAUUAUGAUGGGCCAUGUAGCAAUAAUCUGCUUUCUAUAUUUCUUUUUGUUGUCUUAAUUGUUAGUUAUUACUUCAAAUGUAUUUCAGAAAGUAUAUCUAAAAAUGUAGGCUUACAUUUUUUGAGACAUAUUUGCCCAGGAAAGUGCAGCUUAGGUUUUACUUGUAUUUAUUUUUAUUUAUUAUUUUAUCCAUACUUUCCUGGAUGUUGUUACAAAUGCCUACACCUCAGUAUCUAUCCCUGAUAUUGUUACAUAUGCCUACACCUCAGUAUCUCUCCCUGCCAUCAUUACAUAUGCCUACACCUCAGUAUCUCACCCUGCUAUCGUUUAACAUAUGCCUACACCUCAGUAUCUCUCCCUGCUAUUGUUACAUAUACCUACACCUCACCAUCUCUCUCUGCUAUAAUUUAGCAUAUGCCUACACCUCAGUAUCUCUCCCUGCUAUCAUUUAACAUAUGCCUACUCCUCAGUAUCUCACCCUGCUAUCGUUUAACAUAUGCCUACACCUCAGUAUCUCUCCCUGCUAUUGUUACAUGUGCCUACACCUCACCAUCUCUCUCUGCUUUCAUUUACCAUAUGCCUACACCUCACCAUCUCUCCCUGCUAUCGUUUAACAUAUGCCUACACCUCAGUAUCUCUCCCUGCUAUCAUUUAACAUAUGCCUACACCUCAGUAUCUCUCCCUGCUAUUGUUACAUAUGCCUACACCUCACCAUCUCUCCCUAUCAUUUAGCAUAUGCCUACACCUCAGUAUCUCACCCUGCUAUCGUUUAACAUAUGCCUACACCUCAGUAUCUCUCCCUGCUGUCAUUACACAUGCCCACACCUCAGUAUCUCUUCUGGCUGCCAUGAUCUUCUAACCUUGUUGGAAUGGUAACAUGCAGAGCUCCCUGAUGGUAUUGUCACUGGAGCAUGUGUUUAUUGUCCUUGAGCGUGGUAAGCGUCCAGCAGCUGUUGUUUGAAAGACAAUGGCCUCAGUUCAGGUUGCUUUAGGCCAUAUAUGGGGCUUGAGAGCAUGGGAUCCUCUCCUAUGGCAAGCUAGACCUCUUUUUCCACUUGUAAUAUUUUGAGUAAAUGAAUGGUCAGCUUUACCAGUAGUUUUUGUGCAUUCUUUUGUGUAGUUAUGGGCUGCCUGCUUAUUGAUACCCUUAUGUUAGCACUAAUAAUUUACUGCAGCCAUGACAUUCAGUAGAAGCGGUUUUAUCACAAAGCUGUUCCUGUGACAUGCCUUAGGAGAAGCAGAGUUUUUACUGGAGCAUUUGUUUUUCCUUCCUGUCUAAAAUUUUUAACCUCAGUCUUGUUACCCAAACCACAUUACCCAGCAUUUACAAUAAUAUAUUCGUCUGUGUCACUGGGAAGGCCCUGGUUCUUGUGUUUGGUAGAGACCUUUAUAUAUUUGCUUGUCUGUCAAAUGUGUAAAGGACAUGGGAAAUGAAAAGGACAGAAAUGUCUCACAUUUGCAUGGCUGUCAAGUUUUGAAUGUCUGAUAUAUUUUUUUUACUUUCUAGGGUACACUGUGCCUCUGAAAACCCUUUAGGGCAAUAAAUGCCUUUGGCUUUGUAGUUCUGUCAGCCAGCAUAACAGCACAUGUUGCUGCUUUUUCAUGGAGUCAUUUCACAGUAUUUCUUGACCUUAAGUGUGUGGGUCCCUUCCACAGAAAUUCGUUGUGUCGCUGCUGCCACAAGUGUUAAAAUCUGCAUGCUCAUUCUCUCCGAGAAUGUAAGCAAAUUUGCUUCCCAGUAUUUUUAUCCAUCAGUAUUCAUAUUCUGUCCUUUUAAAAAACAGGAUAUUGUUGCCUUUUCAUGUUAGGAAUAGACAUUAUCUGUAGUGCUGAUGUUUUUGUGGUGUUUGAAGCUAAUGCACUGCUGUCUGGACUCAGCAGAGUCAGAGGACAGUUAGGUGCACAAUAAUACACUUGCAAUUGGUAGGUACCAUCUAGAGCUUUAUGUCAAACCUGUAUGUAACUUCAAGUCUUAAACUAGACCUCUUAAAUUUAUGUAAUAAUAUACGGAUUUAUGUUUUAACCUGCUAGUAAAUUGGUUUCAUUAGACCUUGUUCCUUCUUGUAAGUACAGGUUUAUCAGUGUUCUUUUUGUUUCAUUUUCUUUGUGAGGAACAGUGAAGCAAUUAGAUGCAAGUCAAGCUCUGCAUUUAAGUUUUAGCUGUUCAGUUUUCUUACUUAUGGUCCGAUUUCAUUUAGACAUUUUAAAUGCAUGUUAGAGGUGGGGGGGGGGGGUUAAAAUGAAGUUUUGCCUGCAUGUGAACCUGUACCAGUCCAGUCAAAUGGGUGAUUCUUAAAUAUUCUUUUGUGUUCCAUCAGUUGAGGAAAACUUAACAUGAUUCCAUUAUGUUUCUUCCUCUGCGGUUGUAAUUUUUAAUGCAAGGAUUAUAGUGUAUUAAUGAAGAAUAACAUCCCUUUAUUGUUUUCUUUAAAAUAUGUACACAUUCCUGAUCAUGACUAUUUAAGGAGUUGUAUAACCAAAACAUUUAAGGUCGCACUAGAAUCAUGAGCAGUAAAACAAUUUAAGCAUCUUUUGACAUUUUCAUUCAUGGGGAAUGUGUAUCUCAUGGUCUGGACAUUGAAGACAGUUGUACAGUAGCCCUUGGAGACAAAGAUGUUCACCAUUUCCAGGCUUUACUAGAAUUUGCCGGGAAAGAAAAAUGCGUCUCAACUUAUGAAGGCAGAGUAAUCAGAUUCCUCUGAUUCAUUUCCUCAGGUUGCAUUUCUGUAGUAUACUUGAUUGCUUGUGACAGGAAGAGAAUUUUUCGCUUAGAAUGUGCUUGUUGGUUUCUUUAGGCGGGUUGAUGGAAAUGUUGACUGGGUGACCCCGUGAGCAGCUAGAGAUGAAAGUGUAUACUAACCAUUCUAGUGAUUUUUGUUUGUCCAAUGUAUAUGGAUUUGAAAAGUUUGAGGCAAUGUAGAAUGCAGAAAGUGGAAAAAAAAGGGACUUAACACAGUUUCUUUUUAGCUUGAGAGCAGGUUUACUAGACUGACGUAGGAUUUUGUAUUAAAUAUGUUCAGGUAAUGCUGUUUUGCAUAAGAAGAUAUACAAAGAAAAUGUUUAAAAGAGAUGCAAAUGCUUCUGUGCCUUUUAAUAUACUAAUCUACAGAAAAUGUUUUUACUCAACUCUUGUGUUCUGGACAGCAUUGUUGACUCAGAGCUGGGCAGUGCCAUCUUGAGUCAUUCCAGAGAUGAACAAAUCAGGAAACAUGUACAUUAAAGUAAUGUAUACACACACACACACACACACACACACACACACACACACACACACACAAAAAAAGAAUGCAUUGCUCCUGACAAAGUUAUUGCUACAUAACCUUACUGGAACACCGGACUGAACAUUUGUUUAGCAUUACUGGCAUCUUUCUUAUAGAAAUGUAAUCUUAGCAUAACCCAUUUCCAUCUCUUUGUUGCUUCACAAUCCUUGCUCGACUAGCAUGUAUUUAAAAAGUCCGGCCUUUUGCACUCAAAUGGCAUUGUCUGUUGUCUUGUACAGUGGAAAAGGUCAUUUAAAAACAGUGGAAAAGGUAAUUUAAAAACAGUCAGCCUUUACAGCAUGGUGCCAUGUGAGGAAGUUACAUGCUUGAACAUGUACUGACUCUGAAGGGCACACUUCAUUUUCCAUAUAGUUUUAACUAAUAGUUGUAUUUUAAUACUUGUUUUUCAAAGGUUGCACACACACUCGGAACUUCCAUACCUUUGUGUGACCUUUCAAAGCUCUGUGUUAGGCCCAUCUUUGAAGGGAACCUGAAUGGCAUGAUGGUGCUUCUUGAUCGUCCAUUGAGACAUUUGGUUGUCUGUUAGACCAAGGCAACCAGUAGUGCCUUUUCCCCAUUUAUAUGUUGGUGAUAUUGCAUUUAUCCUUUACUUAUAUAGGGAGAUACUUCAUCUUCCAUACUCCCGUCUGCCUCUCAUUUAGGGUUUAUAUCCAGAUAGGUCGACAUCCCCAUUUGCGGUGUUUGUUGUAGCAGUGGCAUGACUACCACGAUUCCUUUGCAAUGCUGUUCUGUAAAGUUCUCAGUUUGGAGACUUUCUUACAUAAGUUGUCCACAUUGGUGAUGUUACCCUUCAUUUUCCAGUACAUUUGCUCAUUUCCUAAUUUGUUUUUUUUUUUUUUGCAGUUUUUGAGGUUAAAACUUGUAGCAUUAUGUAACAUUUAUUCUCUCUUUCUCUACUCUCCUAAUUGUUUUGGGGUGAGGAGUCAGAGGUAUGUGGCUAUUCCUGUUUUAGCUUCACCGAAUCAUUGUCUGUAACUUAGGGUCAUUUGCAAAUGUCAACUGUCAUGUCUGUGGGCCUGCAUCAUUUCCAAUGGAUCACGUUUUGCAGUGUGCUUUUUCACUUGCUCAGCCAUGUGUGAACCCUAUCUGGUGCAAUGGAUCCCAGACUCUCCUCAUACAUGCAUGCAGUUGGCAAGCAGCAUCUCAGAGACUGAAAGUAACAAUGUAUGAAGUUUGUGCAAAGCCUGUUAAACCUACCUUUAUCCACACCACUGUGCUACAUUAAAUGUAAUCGUAGCAUAACCCAUUUCCAUCUCUUUGUUGCUUCACAAUCCUUGCUCGACUAGGUAUGUUUACAAAAAAACAGAAUCCAAUAUGAGCAAAUGGCUUUUUCUUCCACAGACUGCUCCAUAGCAAUGUUUUUUUUUUCAGUUUGUAACACAUAGAACAGUGACAAAAGGCAAACUGAAAAUGAAGGGCUUCUGCUUUUACACAUCUAAAGUACAAAACAGGGGCUAGAACUUCUACUCCUCCUUUUUUCCUACUGGAAUGAACUCCCUUUCUUGAUAAGGUCAAUAAAUAAUGCAGAUGAUUUCAAAACUCACUAAAUAUCUAUAUAACAUCUAAAAUGAAACAAGCCUAGAUAAUAUUCAGAAUUCACAGAUCUAGGACACAAAUCACAGAAUGGGCUUUCAUUUUUACUGCUACUAAUAUUACAUUUUUUUCUUAAGCUUUGAUUAUUUUUGGAUCUGAGGAUAUUAUUCCCAUGUUUAGAGUCGGCACUACAAAAAGCACUCAUAUCAACUCGUGGAUUAUAAUCUCAGCAAGUGCCAGUACCAUGAAUUCAUAUCACUGAAAACCACUUUCACUGUACUGCAGGGAGUAGGAAAUUUGCCCUUUCUCCACUGUGAUAUGAUCUUGUAGUUGGUAUAUACAUUUAGCAGGGGGUAUGGGGGCUGGGGAGGUGACUUGGACUUGCCUGUCUGCAAACAUUUUUUCUUUUGUUUUUUUUCAAUCUUUAGAGGUUUGUUUUGAGUUUUGGUGUUAUUACAUUUUGCUGAAGUGUCAUACAUCCAUGUAUGUGUGUGUAAUAUAGACUCCAUGGUCACACAACAGUGGGGAAAAGGACAUCCUCUGUGAUCAUUGAAAGUUGUUUUCAGCAACAAGACUUCAUUGUAUCAGCAGUUACUGAGAUCAUCAUCAGCAAGUCGACUGGCUGCCAUACAGAAGUUACAUUUCUUUCAUUUAUUCAUGACAGUGCCAGAUUCAUGCAGUUCAUUUAACCCAUAGGCAAAGUUUCAUACGCAGUGCUCUUACCAAUGUUUGUAUUUGGAGGCACACUGUAACUAAUGCAGAAUACGGUUCUGCUAUUAAUUACUUUGUACUAAGUAUAAUGCUGUUGUGUGUCAUGCAUUUGUAUAGGUUUCAGUUGUAUGAUGUUGAUGGCAGUUGUACAUAUUUAUGCAUCAUAUUCUUGUAAAUUCCUAAAUCUAAACCUUUACUACCACAUGAUGUUGUGAUUUAAUUGUGUUCAGUACAUCUGCCAUAUAAAUUUUGUUGAUGGAGCUUUUGUCCCUGGAGAGUGAUUGAGAUUCAUACCAUGUUAAGCACUGUAGUAGCAUGUAGUUUUUCUAGUAUCAAACAAACAGCCUUUGUCUAGCAGCCCUAUUUUUAUGUUAUUGUACCUUUUAUAGUGCAUACUUCUUUGACAGAUGAGCUUAAAAUACUGGAAGAACAUUCAGCUGUGUUUGAUACCUGUUCAUUUGUUGUAGAACUGAAAAUUAAUAUGUCAUAACGAUGUUGUUGGUACUUUUUGUCCUGACAGUGAAAACAGUAUUUUCUUAUGGACUGGAGAAUUUUACCCCUUUAAGCAAGAUGUGGGGAAGUGGCAUUCCAUACCUUAUAAACUUUAUAUGCAAGGCAAGGCCAUGCCAUGCUUAUAGAACAGGGGCAAUUAAGAAGAAAGGUUUCUGUGGUGGCUCACACAUUUAUUUAUUCCAUCAUGCAACAUAUGAAAUGAUGGUGUUUUCUUAUGAUGAGGUUUGUUUACAGGAUUAGAGAAUCUUUCCAUAGCCAGGCAUGAGUUAUGCAAGCAGCUUUACAUCUUGCUACAGUUGGCUCAGCCCUGCCAUUUUCUGAAGACUUGCACAAUCAUUCACACACUUUAUUUGCUCAUAUAUUGUAGUGACUGGCCAUUGAGGUGGUUGAUGGUGGUCGGGAGGUGCCUUUCUCCAUCUGACAUCUCCAAGCCCUCCAAGACACACACACACACACACACACACACACACACACACACACACACACACACACACACACACACACACACAACAUGUCAUGAUACCUUGAAGAAGUUAACAUAUUUUUUUGACAGCCAUCAUAUCCGUUUGUUUCCCUUCAGUUUACAUAAUGUUAUCACAGUGUGUGUGUGUGUGUUACGUUGCACAGCUUUUAUUAACUUCCCUAGAAUGUAAAGAAAUUAGAGAGCUUAUAUUUGCCAUCAUUUCCUUUGUUAUUGUAUUUAUAAACUUUCAGGCUGCAGUGAUCCAAAAGUCUUGAUGAUGUUGCAUUUCUAUUUAGCUUAAAAGAGAUCAUUACAUUGAAGAAAAGUGAUCUCCGCUUUCAUGAUUCUAGAACAAUAUUGUGUAAAAUAGCAGCAAUAAAAGUGAAAAGAUGGAGUUGAGUGUUCACAAAAGUCAUUUGUCUUGGUAUGUUUAACAGUGAGUCAUAAGGUUUCUUUUAGAGAAAUAAUUUUCUGUAUAGCUUUCAACGGAAACGUUUUUCUGAAGCACAAAGGUAGCAGGCCAGAGAGCAUAAGUACUGGCAUGGUUUAGUUUUCAUAUGGUGGAAUGUCACUAGUUAUACUUGCACAUAUAUAUUUAGCAACAGAGGCAUUUGAAUGGUGUUUUGAAAUAUUCUAAGACUGUGUGCCCAAAGCAACUUUUUGUUUUUGUCACAAAUAGUAAAAUGCCUUCCAAACUUACCUAGAGUGAAUACAAAUCUUCCCCACACUGAAAAUUACAUGCAGUUCAUGUCCAAAAUAUUACACUUUUUAUGAAUUGAAACCUUUCCUUUGCCGUGCUCCAUAUAAUUACUUUACUCUUGCUUUGGUUUCUGCUUUGAAAGUACUCUGGCAUUUGUAAAUACAGUUAAAGUGAAAAGUCAGGCUACGUGCUUAUGUUGUUUUUAUAUGGAGUGUAAGUACUGAUGCUUAACUGCAGAGAUGAGGUCUUUAUACCCUUCAGACAUUCACUUAAGCAAAGCAUGACCACCUUUGAUAAGUUGUAUCUCAAGUGCUUUCUGAUUAGAAUGUUUCACUAUAGUUAAAACAUAAAAGUUUCCAUCAUGUAUUUAACUUUGGGCUUAUUCAUUAUUUUCAGAGGUGAAGGAGGUUUAGUAAAGCAAAUAUGUGCACUGCAUGAUGCAGAAACCUAAAUAGCUUCUCAGUGUCACAGUUCCAGUACUACUAACUGAGGUGGUAUGCCAUGUAGAAAAUGACCAUGGUUCUUAAGAUAAUGUACCAUUAAGUCUCGAAUGUACAGAAUGCUGUUUACAGGGCUGUAUUAAAUUGCCUUUUUGUUAUUGUACUCUUGUUAUGCCUAUUUAUAAAAAAAUCUGGAGAGAUACUGGAAUAUGCAUGGGUUAUUCCUUCUAUAUUUAUAUAUGUAAUGUACUGAUUGUACUAUAUGGAUAAUUUGCAUAAGCCUUUUAUCCUGAGUCAACAGAAAUAAAUCAUGCCUCUAACCGGGGCUUUGUAAUUUAA